AUGCUGAAGAAUAAGGGCAAAGGAGGCAAAAACAAGCGCAGAGGUAAAAAUGAAAAUGAAUCCGGAAAAAGAGAGUUAGUGUUUCAAGAAGAUGGGCAAGAGUAUGCCCAGGUGAUCAAAAUGCUGGGAAAUGGACAGUUGGAAGCAAUAUGUUUCAAUGGUGUAAGGAGGCGGUGCCACAUCAGAGGAAAGUUGAGAAAAAAAGAUAACAAAGCUGAUGUAAUCUUAAAGCAUAAUGCAGAUGAAGCAAUAAGUCUGAAGGCAUAUGGAGAACUUCCAGAACAUGCAAAAAUCAAUGAAACAGACACAUUUGGUCCUGGGGAUGAUGAUGAAAUCCAGUUUGACGAUAUUGGACAUGAUGAUGAAGACGUUGAUGAUAUCUAA